AUGCCAAGCGCAACAUUGCUCCCGCCGGGACCGGACACAACCCUCCAUCUCCCGCGCAUUCUGUGCCUCCACGGCGGCGGCGUCAACGCAGCCGUCUUCAAAGUCCAAUGCCGCGCCCUUAUCGCCCGCCUCAAGAACCACUUCCGUCUCGUCUUCGUGGACGGGCCCUUCAUCUGUGCCCCGCACGAGUCGAUAGUUUCCGUAUACGGUGACUACGGCCCCUUCCGUCGCUGGCUCCGCUGGCUCCCAGAGCACCAGUAUGUCGACGCCGAGACUGCCUCCGCUGAGAUUCACUUCCAACUCCGCAUGGCCAUGGAUGAUGAUGAUGCCCUUGGCGCCACAGGCGAGUGGGUUGGUCUGAUGGGCUUCAGCCAGGGCGCGAAGAUUAGCGCGAGUUUGAUGUACACGCAGCAGAUGCUGCAGCAAAAGUACGGACGGAGGAUUGCUUCCGCAGGCGGCUCAGCCAACUGGAAAUUCGGAGUGCUGCUUGCAGGACGCGCGCCGCUCAUCGUACUGGACGACAGGAUAGACCCAGCCCAGGGCGUUGGUGAUGCAGCUGAGGCGAGCGUUACUUUCAGCGACUGGCCAAAUGGCACAUCGCAAGACCAUUUGCUCAGGUUGCCGACGAUUCACGUACACGGCAUGAAGGACCCCGGUUUGGAACAGCACCGGAGGUUAUUGAAGCAGUACUGUGAGCCCGGCUCAACAAGACUAGUCGAGUGGGACGGUAACCACAGGGUUGUUAUCAAAACUGUGGAUGUCGAUGCGGUCGCGAGACAGAUUUUGGAGCUGGGUCAUGAGCUUGGGCUUGUUGACAACAUCGAAUAG